AUGUGGCAUUUCAACAAAAGAAACUUGAGUCUAGUUGCAUUUUCUAUCUUUUUGGUGCUAUUUAGCAUUGAUUCAUUAAAGGGUUUUAAAUGGGAUUCAAGAUUGAAUUAUCAAAGGCUUCAAAAGAAACAUUUAGGAUCUAACAUUUCAUCAUACAAGGAUGAGGGAAGACACAAGACAAUGUCCUAUGAUAGAGAAUUGCACAAAUUGUCUACAAGAAUAUCAAUACAAGGAGAUGGAAAUUUGGAGAAAGUUGAAGCAAGUCUUGCAAAAGCAAGAGCUUUGAUAAAACAAGCAUUGUUGAGAACCAAUGAUAUUGUGCCUAUUGAGGAUUCUCAUGAUUAUGUUCCACAAGGGAACAUUUACAUAAAUGCUUUUGCUUUUCAUAGGAGUUACCGUUUAAUGGAGAAGCUAUUUAGAAUCUAUGUGUAUGAAGAAGGAGAGCCUCCUCUUUUUCAUUAUGGUCCUUGCAAGAAUAUAUAUUCAAUGGAAGGAAUAUUUAUCAACUUAUUGGAAACUAAUACUAUGUUUAAAACUCAGAAUCCAAAUGAAGCUCAUGUUUAUUUUCUACCGUUUAGUGUUACUAUGAUCAUUCAGCAUCUGUUUCACCCGGUUAUUCGCGAUAAAGCUGUUUUGGGAAGAACUAUUGGUGAUUAUGUCGAUAUCAUAUCGCAUAAAUAUGCGUAUUGGAAUAGAAGUUAUGGAGCUGAUCACUUCAUGCUUUCUUGUCAUGAUUGGGGACCAAGGGCGACAUGGUAUGUUAAGGAGUUAUAUUUCAUUGCAAUACGAGUACUAUGCAAUGCGAAUAUCUCGGAGCAUUUCAAUCCGAAGAAAGAUGCGUCGUUUCCUGAAAUCAACUUAUUAGGAGAAACAAAAGGUUUACUUGGCGGCUAUCCGUCGUGGAACAGAACGGUUUUGGCCUUCUUCGCAGGAGGAAUGCAUGGUAAAAUCAGACCAAUGAUUUUCCAACAUUGGGAGAACAAAGACAAAGAUGUUUUGGUUUAUCAAAAACUUCCUGAGAAUGUUUCCUAUCAUGAAACAAUGAAGAAGAGUAAAUAUUGUAUCUGUCCAAGUGGUUAUGAAGUGGCUAGUCCAAGAAUUGUUGAGGCAAUUUAUGCAGAAUGUGUGCCUAUUAUAAUAUCACAACAAUAUGUUCUUCCGUUUAGUGAUGUUCUUAAUUGGGAUUCUUUCUCUGUUCAGAUUGAAGUUAGUGAAAUUCCUAAGCUUAAGGAGAUUCUGUUGGGUAUAUCUGAUGAGAAAUAUAGGAGAUUGUAUGAAGGUGUUAAGAAAGUGCAAAGACAUUUUGUAGUGAAUAAUCCUCCGAAGCGAUACGAUGUAUUCCAUAUGAUUAUUCAUUCCAUAUGGCUUAGGAGAUUGAAUGUACUUUUGAAAUAA